AUGAGCGAAGCGAAUACUACCUCCAACAAAUCUCAGGUACAGUUACGUACUGCACUGAUACCAACAAAGAAAGAACUUCAACCAGCAUCAUCCCGAAUGCCGAGAUGGAACGUUCGCUGGUGGUCUGCGAUGCAAAUGGGCGGACUCUUUUUACUCGGUCUGGCUACCGCAGUCGGUCACCAUGUUCUCUACACUUCCCUUAAUGGCAGCUUAGCAGGAGAUGUAAAGCGACAAGAGUGGUCCAUCAGGUUCGGUACAGCACUUGCUUAUCUCACUCAGACGUCACUGGCUGCUUCGGUCGUGUGCGCCUACUCACAGCAUAUUUGGACGGUAUUCAAGGCGAAAUCAAUUUCAAUCAAGGGCAUCGAUGCGAUGUUUUCUGCUAGUACUGACCCCAUCGCAUUCGGGACCACGGAGAUGUGGAUGAAGGCCAAACUAGCCUCGAUUAUGGUUGUGGCGGCAUGGCUGAUACCAAUCUCUGCUCUGAUAACACCUGCGACGCUCAGCGUUGUCUCAAUACAACGUUCCCGGACUAUCCCAACCAAAGUACCUACGCUCGACCUAGACAACUCCACAAAAUUCGCGUCUUGGGGCUGGAUGAAUUUCGCUCCAGUAGACCCGCUUGAGCAACCAAAUCCGUGGUACUUCGAUGGCCCAUCAAGCCGAAGCAGUCGGCUCGCUGUUGUUGUUUCUGCUGGUGCCACUAUUCUAGCCGCCGAAGCUCCGUUCCAAAACUCUUCAUAUCUGAUGCAGUUUCAUGCGCCAGCCGUCAAGUGCAGGCACGCUAACCAGUCCGAGAUAAGCACCAUCAAUCAGACCUGGCGGGACUCGGAAGAACCUGCGUCAAGAGGGUUUGGCCCCAAUUUCUAUGCAAUCGUCCCUAGUCCUUUGAGGAACGGAUCUUAUUCACCUGCGUAUAUAUUUGGUUCAGGGCAUGAGUCACCCAGUUAUGGAAAUUUCACUAAUAAUCUGCUGUGUAAAUUUGCCGAAGAACCAAGUAUAAGCUGUGACCUUUACAAUGCCUCGUACAUCGUGAAAUUUGGGUACUUCAACGGCCAACAAUCCACAGAUUUACAAAGCAUCAUGUACCAUGAUCCAAUUCCCUAUAGGCCCGGAACUGAUGACAUUGAAAAUCCUCUGGAUUCAAGUUCACCCGCGUUCUCUUAUCAGGCAAUUGGGGGGCUCUCUAUCGGCAGAUUAAUUCAGCAGACAUCUCUUACUGCGGCAAAAGAGCUGCGGGUCGUCUUUGGGUACACCAACUCCACCGAUGAUUCUGACCUUGGACCGGACAACCUACUGGCUGGCAACAGGAGCCUUGGUCCACUCAUUGAAGAACUGUCGCAUAACAUCACUAUCAGCCUAUUUAGUGACCCGUCUUUUCUAAAGUCCCUGGAGGAUCGCUCCACCGUCCCCGUGAAUAUGACAGAGACCUUAAACGUCUAUUCGUACAACGCUCGUAAUCUCUGGCUAUCUUACGGAAUAGUGCUGCUGGCAGCAGCACUGGGUCUUUCGCUCGGCAUCCUAGCAGUCUACAAGAACGGUGCGAGUUAUAGCAACAGCUUCGCGGCAAUGCUAUAUGCAACAAGGAACGAGACAUUAAGCAGGCUUGCCGACAGGUUAUCAAUGGCAGCUCACCCUCCCAAAAAACCAAUGAGCAAGAUAUUCUUGAGGUUUGGGCUCCUAAAACACAUUUCCUCUGAUUACUCUAGCAUGUCAGCGCCGCAGACAGCCUUCGGACUCGACAGCGAGAUCAGGGAGAUCAAAUCAAAAAGGGAUUGCUGUUGA